AUAACUUCCAUAUAGGCUGUGCUCGGCUUCAUGGUAAGGUCACUACAUUGUGUGUAUUGAGCCUGUCCCAGGGGCCAUCUCUUAAGGAUAGAUAGGCUAUAUAUUUGCUAGAUAACCCACCCCCCAAAGAAAUAGUACUUCUGAUUCUCUAGGAGUGACUGGUACUACUUGCUAGGAAUGUGCCUACUGCCUGGGGGAGGGCUUGUUUUUUUAAAUAGCUGGAUAUGUUGAUAGUAUCCCUAAAGGUUUCUUGAUAUCUUUGGGGGUGGGCAGUCCAUACAAAGGAAGCCCAUGUGACAGCACAUUUCAUUCUUCAUGGGAGCAGAAAGAUACUGCCUUGAAAUCCUGGCUUCAGAAUGAGAACUUUUCUGCACUGAAGUUAUUUCAAGAGAUACUCAGUAGAUACAGAAGGUGGUCUCCCCAAGGCAUGUGCUUUGUGACUGCUGCAUUAUCCAUAUAGCAGUUUUGUUUCCUUUUUAAGGUUUCUAUCCAAAUACCAGCACUUAAUAAAUCAAAAUGUACCACAAUGAACAAUCUUGGCCUGCCAAGGGGUCCAGGUUGGCCUGUGAGGCCAUUUCCCCAAACCAUACCCAUCAGCUGGCAUCGCUGGAUGACUGAUGGGCAGGGUUCAAUCCUGAUGUACAGGUUGUCUCUGCUGUUCAGCUUCCUAGGAUGUUCACAAGUUCUAGAGUUGUGAGAGCGGGAGAAAACCUUUAACCAUUUUCUUCAUGUCAUGCAUAAUUGUAUAUACUUCUAUCAUGUCACCUCUCUUUGCCUUUUCUUUAAACUAAAAAGCCCCAAAUGUUGCAACCUUUCCUCAUAGGGAGGAGGAUGUGCUAUCCCAGAUGUACUUCUUGAUAAAUGUAUUUCUAUGCUGCCAUAUCAAAAAAUAGGGAGGUUUACAGUGUUAAAACAAAAUGUCAUUUAAAAAUAACACAAUCAUUAAGGUUAAUCAAAAUGAAAAUUAAACAGCUGCAAAGGCGUCUCAGCAUAAAAAGGUCUUCAAGAGCCGCCUGAAAGUCAAAAGCAAGGAUGCCUGCCAAAUCUCCACUGGAAGAGUUGCACUGCAUGGGACUGGCAACACCAAAUGUCCAACUUCUAGUUGAAGCUAGUUGGGCCUCUGUAAUAUGGGGGACAACUAACAGGGUUCCUCUGGUGAUCUCAGUGAUCAAGCUGGGCUCUAAGGGCUCAGGUAUAAAGUCAGAGCACCCUAGCGAGGGAGCCCCAGCUGACAAAGCGUCAAGGCGAGUUAAGCAGCAGAGCGAAAAGAGGGAUUCCUGAUUGGCUACCUGAGUUUCCGUGGACGGAUGCAGGCAACAAAAUGUGAAGAUGGCAUUGAACCAUGUAGCGGCUACCAAUGUACAACUGAGUCCAUAAAAGAUGAAUCUGUGGAGUGGACACCAGAACCUGUGCUAUACUGGGGUGACCUUAAAAGCAAGCUGUCAGACAGGCUGAAGAGUGCAAGCUUCAUAGAUAAAAUGAGGAAGGUUUCUUCUACCACCCAUGAUGCUGGCAGUACAGGAGAUGAGAUCCUUGCCGAUGACAUUCAUGAGCAAUUUAACAAAUUCAAGCUGGACAAAGUCUGGAAUGAUGAGCACUACGUUAGGCUGCAGGCCGCAGGAGGAACUCCAAAUGCAGUUUCCCUGGAAGAUCCAAGUGAAGCUCUGGAGAAGCCUGAUACUUACGUAGCGUACAGUGAAUGUGCAGAGGUUUCUGGUGGGAAACAGUAUCCUUACCUUGACACAAGUGUGGACGAUCUGGAGAACCUGCUCAGGACCUUCAGAUCCUCCCCUGCUCAGCUGGAGAACAUGAUCCGUGCAGCAGCUGAAAUCGCUGGUCGGAUGGCUCUGAGGAUGACGCAUGACCAUGAACUGUACCUGGACUACCAGAGCUACAAUAACAAGCUGCGUGACUUCAUAGGGAAGCUGACUCCAUACCGGAAAGAGAUGAUGAAACUGGGCUUGGGCCAACAGUGGCUGUUUGUGGCCCGUGGAGAUUUCAGUCGUGCUAUAACUGCCCUGACACAAGAUAUAAAAAACACUGACCUUACCGACAGGGCUGCUUGCCAUGCCUUGAAUGACCGGAUGAUGGAAGUGGAAUACAACUUUCUCUCCCCAUACGUCUCUCCAAAAGACACUCCUCUCCGACACAUCUUCUUUGGUUCUGGCUCCCACACUCUCAGCGCUUUGCUGGACCAUCUGAGCCUCCUGAGGACGAACAAGAGCUCCUUCAGCGAAGAUCUCUUUAGGAACCAGCUUGCUCUGGCAACUUGGACCAUCCAGAGUGCUGCUAAUGCCCUCUCUGGUGAAGUCUGGAACAUAAACAAUGAGUUCUGAGAAUGUAGAGUUUGUUGUUACUAUAUGCCUUCAAGUCAAUUACGACUUAUAAUAAUAAUAUAAUAACAAAUUUUAUUUGUUAGUCGCCCAUCUGUCCAAGUUAACAGACACUCUGGGCGACGUACAACAAUGUAAAAUACAAGCCAUAAUAAAAACAUAUAAAAUCAACAAUCACAGUAUUAAGAUCACAUUGUCUAAGACCAUCCCUUCAAUAAUAAAAUAUAAAAACCUAACCCACCCCAGAAAUCCCAUAGGCCUGCCUGAAUAGCCAGGUCUUUAAGGCUCGGCGAAAAACCAUCAGGGAGGAGGCAUGUCGGAGGUCAAAUGGAAGUAAAUUCCAGAGGGUGGGGGCCACAAUCGAAAAAGCUCUCUCUCUGGUCCGCACCAACCUAGCUGUUUUCAUCGGUGGGACCGAGAGAAGGUCUUGUGAAGCAGAUCUUGUUUGGCGGCAUAUUUGGUGAUACUGGAGGCGCUCCUUCAGAUAGACUGGGCCGAGACCGUAUAGGGUUUUAAAGGUAAGUACCAACACCUUGAAUUGGGCCCGGUACACAACUGGCAACCAGUGUAAUUCCAUCAACACUGGGGUGACAUGGUACCGGCGACGGCGCUGCUUUAUCAAGCGAGCUGCCGCAUUCUGUACCAGUUGCAAUUUCCGGACCGUCUUCAAGGGUAACCCCACGUAGAGCUCAUUACAAUAGUCUAAUCGAGAGGCGACCAGGGCAUGUAUCACUCGUGGGAGCAGAUGUAUAGGAAGGUAGGGUCGGAGCCUCUGUACCAGAUGAAGUUGGUACCAAGCUGCCCGGCUCACUGCCGAAACCUGAGCCUCCAUAGACAGCUGGGAGUCCAAUAUGACCCCUAGGCUGCAGACUUGGUCCUUUAGGGGUAAUCUCACCCCAUUAAGUACCAAGUCUAAAUUUCCCAACCUUCUCUUAUCCCCCACUAGUAACACCUCAGUCUUGUCGGGAUUCAGCUUCAGCCUGUUCUCUCCCAUCCAUCCACUUACGGACUCCAGGCAAUUGGACAAGGUAUCCACAGCCAACUCUGGUGAAGAUUUAAAUGAGAGGUAGAGCUGCGUGUCAUCCGCAUAUUGGUGACACUGCAGCCCAAAACUCCUGAUGAUGGCUCCCAGCGGUUUCAUAUAAAUAUUGAAUAGCAUGGGGGAGAGGAUAGAACCCUGUGGCACACCACAGUUGAGUGGCCAAGGGUCUGAAACCUCAUCCCCCAAUGCUACCUGUUGGUAUCUGCCGGAGAGAUAGGAGCGGAACCACUGUAAAACAGUGCCUCCUAUUCCCAAUCCCUCCAUGGCGACCCUAUGAAUCAGUGACCUCCAAGAGCAUCUGUCGUGAACCACCCUGUUCAGAUCUUGUAAGUUCAGGUCUCUGGCUUCCUUCAUGGAAUCAAUCCAUCUCUUGUUUGACCUUCCUCUUUUUCUACUCCCUUCUGUUUUCCCCAGCAUUAUUCUCUUCUCUAGUGAAUCAUGUCUUCUAAUGAUGUGUCCAAAGCACUAAACUUAAUUCUGAGGUACAGCAAGAAGGAACCCCUUUCUUUUCUAUCAGUAGCACUGAACAAAGUCCCCUUAGGCUGUCAGAGGAUUUUCAGAUGCCCAGGGCCAAACUUAGAGCACUUCAAAGCAAGCUAAGAGGUCCUAACAUGGCCAUAGAUUUAUGUAGAUUCUCCUUUUAAAUGGUGCUGUCCUUUCCUAACCCAAAAUUCAAGAGGCCUUAUCUUAGUUCUGAGCAAAGCAUUUCCUUCAAAUACAUCAGCACAUUGUUGAGCCCCAGAUCCCCCAGGUGGACCAGGGAGAGGUGUCAGAGGAGGAUGAGGCUUUCGAGGACACUGAGGGAGGGGGAGAUGCUGACAACUCGCAAGUUCCCACAGUCAGCCCUCCCACUGACACGGCGCCCGCUCUGAUUGCAAGCACUCCAACAGAGCCAUUGGGAAGCAAUCUCUCUUGUGUGCCAACUCCACCCCCCCAGGGUUCCCCGCCUGGCACUUCAAACGCUUCCCCGCCAAUCUGCUCCCCGCCCCCUGUCAGGAUCCCACCCUGUGGUCACCGCCUUGUCAUGGUCCCACCUCAGGGUCCUGGUCUCAAAACAGUUCUCUCACCAGCUCUAGCAAAGAUCUCUCAAGAUCCCACUGCUAGGCAGCACCACCAGACACUCCCUGUAAACAAUAUUGCCUUGAGACUGUGCCUUAGUCUCCUUCUGGCUUAUUGAUAUGUUGUGUCUGGGUGUACUUGCAGGCCACAACCCCCCUGUAUCUUUGUGCCUAUAAAGAAUACAGCCCUGGGUUGCUCUGGAUACCUGAUGUUACACUAUCUCUUCACCGCUGCCACCAUUGAUACUGUCUCCCAACCUUGGUAUAUGCCCUGUCUACCCUUCUGGUCUGUGUACUGUAAAGCCAGCCAAGGAUCAGGCGUUCUGGUAAACCAAGAAAUAUUUAUUUAUAUACACAGGGAAUAACAAGAUUACUUAAAGGUAUAGUCAACAAGCAUGCGGUUUCAUAAGAUACGUUACUCUUUGUUUCUUAGUCAUCAGUAACCUGCCUCACUACCCGCCUAAUCCAAUCUACCCAACAAAAGCCUCCCAAAACCAACCAACUGCCCAAAACCCUCAGAACCUACCAAACUGCAACUGUCAUCCUCUCAUUUAUACCUUCAGACACUCAAGCGCUCAGCCAAUCAUAAUACAACACUCAUCAACAUUCCAACCCAUGUACUCCCCCCUCUCACUCAGUCUACUUACCACAUAUACUGUAAUAAACCCACACUUAUCAUAUUUACAGUAUUAUAUAUAUACAGGGACACCAUACACACCCCCGAGGUCGAGCUGGCACCUAGCGAGCCUUUGCUGUCAGAUGAGCAGCCGGAGGCUCGCCUCCUCUCGCCCCGUGCGAGACGACGCGAGAAGCGGGAUGGUCAGAAAGUGAUUCUUUGCAGGAGUCAGAGAUUAUGGGCAAAGACCUUCCCUAUCUAAGGCGGCGCCCCCCUGCUUGGGUUGCUGAGUUAACUUACUCCACAAGCUGCAGAGAAUGCCUAGGUAGCUUAGUUAGGGCCAGUAGCGAGUUAGAAUAGUCAGGUCUAUGAAGCGCACUGCUUUUGAUGUAACCGUUACUCAAAUAAAACAAGAAUUAAUUUCAGUUUCACCUCCGUCUCGUGUCUCGCACUCUGGGCAGGAUACACACAGAGCAGGGACCAUUGUGAACUCCUAAGAACAUGAAAGCCCCUUAGGUUGUUAUGAAUUAAAUCCCUCCUAAACUCUAAAAGCAAAAAUAUACUAGGUGCUGCAACAUGAUUUUGAAGGCAGAAAGUGGGCCUAAAACCCACACAUGUUUCAUCUUAAUUGUUGGCAGGCUGCAAGAGCCUAGGACUAAGACACUCCACUCCAGUAUUUGGUGUACUUCAGAAUACCGGCUGCUGGAAACUGCAGGAGGGGAGAGUGCUGUAGCACUCAAAUCCAGCUUGUGGGCUUCCCAUGGGCAAAUGGUGGCCACUGUGAGAACAGGAUGCUGGACUAGAUGGGCCACUGGCCUGAUGCAGCAGGCUGUUCUUAUUUUAUAUGUUCAGUAUUACCUUUAUCGGGUGUUCCCAAACUGUGGCCAAGAGCUUCAGUCUGGUGGUCUGCAUUGUGCCUGUGGAUUUGUGGGUGAAGACAGGAGAUGCCGCAUCUAUUGUGUUGAAUAUUCAUAUUGAUGUUUAAUUGUACUUUAAUGG